UUCGACCGUAAUUUCGUUAUCGAUAGUACAGUACGGGAUAAAAUAAUAGAGCGUCUUGCAUGCUCGUAUAUUUCGUACAGCUAACAGAAGAAAGUGUACAUUUUACACACUGUAUACAUCGAAUAUCUCUCGAAGAGUAAACACACGAUCUCACGUUUAUCUAACAUUAUCGAGAUUAUUCCUACGAAAUUGCGGAAGAGAAACAAUGCGGAAUUGGAUCUGCCCGCGUUGAGAUAAAAGACAAAGGAAAUGUGCGAGAUAGCGAAGACACGGCGCAGAACGUUUCGCGAUCAGGACCCGCCGAGAAUAUGCAACAGCAGCACCGACAGCUUGAAAAACGAGCUCGAGUUUUCCAAAUCGACGCCGAAUCUCCCGACGAUCCAUCAACGAGCGUCCAGUUUCGAAAAGUGUUUCAGCGAACCAGAGUUCCUGGAGAAGGAACGGCUGAAUCAGGAAAAGCAAAAAGGAGAUUCGAUGAUACGGGAAAGCACCUCGUCGCAUUUCGUUCGAGACUCGAGCGCCAGGGCAACCGACACGGUUGAACGGUUCGAGCUUCGAAGCUGCACCGAGAACAUCGCCAAGCCACCCACCGACAGAGCGCCUUCGUCCAGGCGCCACGACGACGAGGUGAUCGGUAACGGGUCCAAGAGCGACGCGGACAGCUGCAACGUUUUAACAAACGGGAGAGACAUGGCUCCGGUGUUGGGUGUACCUCCUCCGCCGCCACCUGCACCUCACAUGGGACCAGACGGCUUGAUCGUGCCAAGAAAACCUUACAACCCAUACCUCACCUCCAGUAAUCAUAAGGACCUUCGUAGGGAGUUACUGUUUAACCAGAAGAUAGGCAGAAACGUGCUGAAUCAGAAAAGCGAGCUGCAGCGGGCGCUCGAGAAGCAGAGAGAGGCUGCGUCCAGGCGCGAGGCUGAAAAAAAUCGGGAGGAGAACUACAAAGAUGAUCCUAGAACCGCGUUGCAAAGGGCCAUCGAGCAAAGGGCGAAACAGAUCGAGACGGCCAUGGAGCAGUCGCAGCCAACGGAACCGUCCAGCAACCUUUUGGCGACGGCGAGAGCGAGGCUGAGACCGCGCACAGAAUCUCAAUGAAUCGAAGAGAGAGAGAACAACAAGAAACAGAGAAACAAAAUGUUGGUCGAUCGUGUAACGUGAUAAGUACACCGUCGUGCGGGAGAGGAACGCGAUCGAUCCGUCGCGACGCGUCGCGGGCAGAACGUUUCGUCGCGUUUUGUAACUCGACCGAUAUGUAAAUACGUAUACGUAAUUUGAUAAGAGUUUGGUUAGAAAGCAAACGAGAAAUCAUGCGACUCCGCCGUUGGAAGGAACGACGUGUCGGCAACGCGAACAGAAAACCAUCUCCGUGCUCGGUCUCGAUAGAUUUACUUUCUCGUAGAACUAAACAAAUAUUGUCUCCAGCCCCUUGUCGUGCAAUUACGCGACCGCACUCGUCAUAAAAUCAACAUAUUUUUCCAUUCGCGAGAUAUCCGUAAAGCAAAUCUGUUCUUCUCGACGAGCAUAGCGUGCAUGAAUAAAUUUAAACGAUAUUUAAUAGUACACGUUUGAUAAAUGACGUGUAAUUAAAUCGUACGUAGAGGGGUUGGCGCGUGGGCCCUCUCUUUACUCUUCCAAAAUGGCCGACAGACCGCGUACGAUUAAAUUUCCUCUUCCAGAAUCCGAUUCUAUAGUCUCUAGCC